UCCCAGCAGCCACCUGGGCUCGUGGGGGUGGGGAGCGCCUGGCGGCGGCACCCACCAAGUUGCCAGCCUAGACUCUGGCAAGUGACUUGUUCCCUGUUCGCCACCCCCUCCCCCCGCUGCGAGUUAUGUGAGGGAGCUGCAGGGGGGUCCCCUCCUAUGAGCUGUGCGCCCCAGCCCUCGGGCAGGGCGGGCCCCAUAACCCGUCCCUGUGGUGCCCGGUGGGGGGCAGACCCCACCCUCGCCCGCGGUGCCCGGUUCCCACAAGCCGCACCCCGCGCGGAGGAAGGCGCUCCAGCAGGCGCCGGGAUCAAAGCUGGGCAAUAUGCGGCCCCCCUGCCCGGGCUGGUGGCACCUGGGAGUCAGGGUGGCCGGGGUCCGGCGGGGGCUGUUGAGCAGCGGCGGCCCCUGGCGAGGGACGAGUGCCGGCAGCUGGUCACGCUCUGCCCUGUUCGUGACGAGCCCGGCGGGCCCCGAGGAGGGCAGGAAGAGGGGCAAUAAGCCCCUCAAGGAGUGGACGCUGAUUGUCAGCCCGUUCGGCCAGCUGAAAGUGCGGCUGCCCUGCCACGUUACCGUGCGCCCCCUGGACCCGCUCCGCUACCCGGACGCGGACAGAGCGCUGGUCACUGUCAGCGGGGUGGACAGCAGCCUCCCCCAGGGUGUGGAUCUGGAUCGCCUACAGGUGAAGUACGACGAGGCGCUGAAGGAGAUGAUGAUUGUCUCGGACCACAUGGACAGCAAGGCCGCUGUUGUUGUGAAGACACCCAUGAAGUUUGAUUUGGAUAUCAAGACAUCAGGGACUGGCUGUGUGAAGAUUCAGAAAAUAGACUGUGAUAGCUGCAGAAUAGAAACUGAGAUGGGGACUAGCAUCUUACAGUCAAUAAAGAGUCAUAAAAUCCAUGUACGAACUAAAGGAGGCAAAGUGAUCUGUCUGGGAACUCUUCAUGGAAAUGCAGAUAUUCAUGCAGCAGAGAAAAGUAGUGUGAAUAUAGAGAAACUACAGGGGACAUCCAUCAAAAUUUCUACUGAAGAUGGUUUGUUGAAAACCAAAUAUCUUUAUGCAGAAUCUUCAUUUCUGUCUUCAACAGCUGGUGAUAUUCUACUGGGAAGUAUUCAUGGUGACACAACCCUUCAAACUAAAACAGGGAACAUCACAGUAGAGUCAUCGGAUGGGUGUCUAAAAGCUUCUACACGUCGGGGGGAAAUAGAUGUUUAUGUUAAUCAAGUGAGAAAAGUGGAUCUGAAAAGCCAGAAAGGCUCUAUUACAGUCAAGGUACCUGCCUCUCUCAAAGCUUAUUUACAGUUAUCUGGAAGCAAGGUUGAUGUGAGCCCAGAGAUCCAGUUACAGGAAACCCAGUGUGCCCCUAAAGAGGGUCACAUAACUAUUACUGGUCAUAUGAAUCAAAUGAAUGAAAGAGACAAAUGGAUUAAGGCUGACACACAGGAUGGCACAGUGCAUCUUAAAAGCCAAAGCUGGUUCCAAUCCAUCAAGCUGCAGGUUCCCUGAGGAUGUAAUAGGCCAAAGAUAUUCAAAAUCAAGGAACAGUGAAGGAAGAUUACUGUACAGUGAUGGUGAAUGAUACUUAUUAAAAUAUAGUAAACAAUA